AGGAAGCGAAUGGCUGCACGACUCCAGAGAAACGCAACCAAGUCCUUUUCAUAUUUCAGAUUUUUUGUCUCGCCAACAUGUAGUUGAGUAGACACCAGGGCCAAACGUUAGUGGGCAGGAAUGUAUCUUACAUUUGUGUAGACGCAUCGGAUGUCAGCUGUCGUACAGAUUUCUGUAACUUAGAAGCGGAGUAGCCAGCAGGCGCACCAUAGUUGGCAAACAGAACCGAGGGGCCAAGAUGAAGGAGGUAAUGGGUUGUGGCAUGAGAUCGUCGGUGGGGUUCCUGUCCCAAAGGAAAAUCACCGGGCACACUUUUAUGAAGGAGGAAUUCCAGCGACGUAGACUGGGUGGUUGCACCAGCCUAUACAAAAAAGACCUGCUGGGCCAUUUUGGAUGCGUGAACGCUAUAGAGUUCUCCAACAAUGGAGGAGAGUGGCUUGUGUCCGGUGGGGAUGAUCGCAGGGUGCUGCUGUGGCACAUGGAGAAGGCCAUCCACUCUCGCGCCAAGCCACUCAAGCUGAAGGGAGAGCACCUGUCCAACAUCUUCUGCCUGGCCUUCGACAGCACCAACAAGAAGGUGUUCUCUGGAGGGAAUGAUGAGCAGGUGAUCCUUCAUGAUGUUGAGAGAGGCGAGACUCUCAACGUGUUCCUCCACGAUGACGCAGUGUACGGCCUGUCCGUCAGCCCCGUAAACGACAAUGUGUUUGCCAGCUCUGCCGAUGAUGGUCGAGUUCUCAUCUGGGAUACUCGGGAGCCCCCACAUGGAGAACCCUUCUGUUUGGCGAGUUACACCUCGGCGUUCCACAGCGUGAUGUUCAACCCGGCGGAACCUCGGCUGCUGGCCACCGCCAACUCUAAAGAGGGAGUGGGCCUCUGGGACAUCCGCAAACCACGCAGUUCCCUGUUGCGUUACGGCGGGAGUAUGUCGUUGCAGAGCGCCAUGAGCGUGCGCUUCAACAGCACGGGCACUCAGCUGCUGGCGCUGCGCAGGCGUCUGCCCCCCGUGCUCUACGAGCUGCACUCGCGCCUGCCCAGCUUCCAGUUCGACAACCAGGGCUACUUCAACUCCUGCACCAUGAAGAGCUGCUGCUUCGCCGGCGACAGAGACCAGUACAUCUUGUCUGGAUCUGAUGACUUCAACCUCUACAUGUGGAAAAUCCCUAAAGACCCUGAAGCAGGAGGUCCAGGUCGUGUGGUGAACGGGGCAUUCAUGGUUCUGAAGGGUCAUCGCUCCAUCGUCAACCAGGUCCGCUUCAACCCCCACACCUACAUGAUCUGCUCCUCCGGGGUGGAGAAAGUCAUCAAGGUGUGGAGUCCGUACCAGCAACCCGACAGUCUUGGGGACCUGGAGGGCCUGGUGGAGGACAAGUCGCGGAGCCUGUACACCCACGAGGAGUACAUCAGCCUGGUGCUGAACAGCGGCAGCGGCCUGUCGCACGACUACGUCAGCCAGUCCAUCCAGGAGGACCCGCGCAUGAUGGCCUUCUUCGACUCGCUGGUGCGCCGCGAGAUCGAGGGCUGGAGCUCCGACUCGGACAGCGACCUGAGCGAGGGCGCCAUCCUGCAGCUGCACGCCAGGGGGCGCCGAUCGACGCGCGCCACCAACUCGGCGACGGCGGUGGUGACGGCCGCGGUAACGGCGGCCACCGCUGCUGCCGCCGCCGCCGCCGGAUUGGGCGGCGGGAUGCGCUCGUUACCCUCGCUGGGCAUCGUCGGAGUCGCCGACGACGACGACGUCGGCCACAGCAGCAGCUCGGAGAACGCGUCGCUGCUGGUCGCCCAGUUGUCCGACGAGGAGGAAGAGGAGGAGGAGGAGGAGGAGGAAGAGGAGGUGGAGGAGGAGGAGGAGCAGGCGGACCUGGACGGCGAGGGUCUCCCCCGGCGGCGGCGUGGGGGCGCUGGCGUCCGGCGGCGCCGCUCGGCCUUCGUGCUGGACCUGGCCAACGACGACUCGGACUCGAGCAGCUUCUGGUUCAACCCGGUGCCGCGGCCGCGCUCGCCCAGCCCGCCGCUGGACCGCGCCGUCCUCUUCAGCGAGCUGCGCACGCCCUCGGCCUCGGACUCGUCCUCCUCGUCUUCCUCGUCCACCUGGAGCCCGUCGUCCUCCAGCAGCGAGAGCCACCAGCAGCAACCGCAGCAACCGCAGCCACAGCAGCCACCACCACCGCCGGCGCCAGAGGAAGAGGAGGAGGAAGAGCACCAGCAGCGCCGGCGCUCGGACACGCGCCAGCGCAACGCCGCCCGUCGGAGGCGCCGCAGCCGCAUGCACCUGCCCAGCCGCGAGGCGGACGAGCGCCCGGCCGCUGCGCGCGACCUCUACCCCACGCACGACCCCUGCAGCUACCCCAAGAUCACCAUCGACGACCCCAGCUCCUCCUCGACGUCCUCGGGCGAGACGGCGCCCGCCGACGUGGAGGUGAGGCCGCGGAGCCGCCGGAGCCACCGUCACCACGGAGACAGCCCCACCCGGUCGCCGGGCAACCGUCCGGAGACGAGGUUCGGAGGACGGGUGUCGUCCAGGAGCCCGUCCCCUACGGACAGCGAGCUGCGGUGCAUGAUGCUGGCGGGAGUGAAGGAUGACAAGAAACGAGAGAACGAGGGCGGAAGGAGAGAGAGAGCGGGCAAGGAGGGCUUCGCUACGUCUCGCGCGGACUUGUUGGCCUCGGAAGAUCCCACGAGGAAUUCCGAGGAUCCCCACCAGAAUCUCCCUGGAAUUUCUGGCACAGCAGAAGAGCUGGCCGACGACCCAACAGACUCUAAGGCGCAGGAAGGAAGCGCGACAUUGAGGGUGAGCAAACGGACUCGCCGGGGGUCACAACUUGACCCCGAGGGGUCGUCACUAGGGGCAACAGAGGGCUCAGAUGAGGGAGCGCCCUCAGAGAAGAAGCUGAAGACUUGAAGACUUUGGCUUCAUGUCACUUCAGACUGGCUCUCGUUUUCUAAUUCGA